AUGAGGAUCCACACGGGAGAGAAGCCUUUCAGCUGCGAGCUCUGCGGCAAGAGCUUCAGAUUAGGACAGACGCAGCUUAAAAUCUUCACAUGUGAAUACUGCAAUAAAGUCUUCAAGUUCAAACAUUCAUUGCAGGCUCACUUAAGAAUUCACACCAAUGAGAAACCAUUCAAGUGCCCGCAGUGUGACUACGCCAGCGCUAUAAAGGCCAAUCUUAGCGUUCACAUGCGGAAACACACCGGGGAGAAAUUCAGCUGUGAGCUGUGCUCAUUUAAUUGCCUCAGCAAAGGACACCUCAAAGUGCACGUGGAGCGAGUGCACAAGAAAAUCAAGCAGCACUGCCAAUUCUGCAAGAAGAAAUACUCUGAUGUGAAGAACCUUCUAAAACACAUUCGUGAGACUCAUGACAUGAACGACAAAAAGGUGCAGGACUCCUACAAUGAGUACAGCCUCCAGACCAGGGAGGGCAAAAGACAGCUUCUGUACAACUGUCAAAUAUGCGACCGGAAGUUCAAGAAUGAGCUCGAGCGCGACCGUCAUAUGAUGGUUCAUGGCAACAAGAGACCCUUCGGCUGCGAACUCUGCGAUCACGGCUCGACCAAAUUUCCAGCCUUGCAAGCCCACAUCCGAAAGCAUCCCUUCAUCUACGUGUGUGCAAUUUGCCAGGAAAAAUUCGUCAGCUCUGUGCGACUUCGAUCCCAUCUCAGAGAGUUGCACCAAGAAUCAGAUGAACCCUCUGCUUUUGCAGACUCCAUCAAUUCCAGUUUUUGCUUGCUCAAACCAGGCGAUGACAUUCAGAAGGACAUGUUGAACCAAGACGAGCUUAAGAUCACAGAAGAGCUGUCGCAGCUCAACGCCCAGGAGUUGUUAACCACAGAAAUAACUUGCAUGGUUCAAGAGGACCUUCAGACUCAAUGCUCUGAUAGUUUAGUGGUGGAGUCAGACCUUCUUAUACAGACCUCAAAGGAUGAAAAUCCCAUUUCAGAUAGUAUAAACAAGCCAGACACAUCUGAAGCAGGACAAACACAAGAGAUGGCUUGUGAAGAUGAAAUAAAUGUCCCACAACUUCAAGAUGAUCCAAUUAAAAUGGAGUGCAGUUUGACAGAAGAUCAGAAUCCUGCUGGAGGACCUUCACCUUUAACACCAGAUAAAGCACAAGCGCACUCUGAGCAGUUAAUAUCAAAGGAUACAUUUCCUCAAAGCGAGGAAGAGGCGAUUGUUCCACAAACUAACGCAGAUGAGGACUUGCUCAGUUCAGAGCAAGAAGAGAUAUCUGCUUUCAAGCAGAUUGUAGAGCAGAUGCAAAAGCGACAGCUUAACAUGGAAGUGUUUGAACAGAUUCGGAAAGUGUACGGAGACCUUGAAUGUGAAUACUGUGGUAAGCUUUUCUGGUAUCAGGUGCACUACAAUACACAUGUGCGAACUCACACGAAAGAGCACCUCCAUUACUGUUCUCAGUGCAAUUAUUCCUCCAUCACUAAAAACUGCCUGAAGAGGCACGUCAUCCAGAGGCAUUCUGACAUCCUACUGAAGUGUCCCUCUGAGGGAUGCCAGUACUGUACACCUGACAAAUACAAGCUUCAGGCUCAUCUCAAAACCCAUUCAGACAUAGUCAAAAGAAGUUUUACAUGCCCAGUAUGUCAAGAGUCUGUUCCUGAGGACAAAGUUAGAGCUCAUAUAAAAAGCAACCAUCCAGAUGUGUCUCUGAACCACAUCUCGGAAACGUUGGGAAUACGUGUACAUGUGAAAGGAGUGAUCGGGAAACGAGCCUCCAAAUGCCCGUACUGUGAUUGUUUCUUCACAAGGAACGGAGCAGAUCUUCAGCAGCACAUAUGGGCUCAUGAAGGACUGAAACCGUACAAAUGUUCACAAUGUGAUUAUGCUUCAAGAAGUAAAAGCAACCUCAAAGCUCACAUGAACAGACACAGUACUGAGAAAACUCAUCUUUGUGACCUCUGCGGAAAAAAGUUCAAGUCUAAAUGCACUCUGAAAAGUCAUAAGCUCAUGCACACAGCAGACGGUGAGUCUCUUUCUCUACGCCGUUUGAUUGUGUGGUUGUGUCUGGGUCCCCAGCACACUGAAGACACUUUCGGGGAGGGGAGGUGCUCUCAAGACUUGCGAUCUUGCCUCUCUGCUCUUUGGGGGAGAAAGGCACCUUCUGCUGCCACUCACUACGGUUUCUGUGCCCCAAGUAGAGGGUUUGAGGGUUACAGUGAAAACUUCUCCGUCGGUCUCAUCCUCAUGGACCUUUCACAGCAGCUGUCCCUUCCAGCUGUUCUCCAGGUGGCGAGAGUCGGUACGAUGCACCUGUGCCAGCAAAAUGCUGCCACCUGGUGGAAUUGUCCUCCAUCUUGA